AUGAAAGAAUGGGAUGUAGUCUUUAACAAACCAAGAGCAACAAUAGUUUCAGAACAAGAAUGUAGACAGAAACUUAAGAAAAUAAAAGUCGUACAAGUUGGCAUGAAGAUGUUAGAUGCUUGGGAUAUCUUAUUGUCAAAGUUAGAAGAUUUUUCAGUUCGAGGUAUAAAGUUCUAUACACCUUCUCCAAACUUCUAUUCUAUCUUCACUGGAUAUAAAUAUGAACAAGUAGAAUGGAAAGAAAAUAUUAUAGAAGCUUGGUUAGACCAUGUCAAAGAAAUUAUAUGCAAUGGAAACGAAAGAGUCUAUGAGUAUAUCUUAUGUUGGUUUGCAAACAUCUUACAACAUCCAAGUGCUAAAAAUGAAACUGCUCUCAUUAUAAUUGGAAAACAAGGAACUGGUAAGAACACAUUCUUUACAGAUAUUUUGUGCAAACUGUUAGAAGGUUAUUCGAAUCCGAAUAUGACAAACAUAGAAAACAUCUGUGGCAAGUUUAACUCCUCAAUAGAGAAUAUGAAACUUAUAGUUUGCAAUGAACUUCAAAGUAUAGAUACAACAAAAGUUUUGAACUCAGAUGCUUUGAAGA